ACAAGGGGAAUUUAUUUGAUAGUAACGGCUUUAUUUAUACACACAUAUUGAUGUUUUGAAUUAAGUUCCUUUUAAAUUAAAUAUACAAAAAAAAAAAUAGUUUAUCUGGACAUGAGAAUACUGGAUAUCUUAUGAACUUAUGAAUAUAAGAGAAUCGAUGAUCAAAUAAUCAAAACUCAGCAGUCUGAGUAACUGUUACUCGUGGUUUGUGUUUUUAUCAAUAUAUUUGGAUUGUUAUAUGCAGCGAAUUUAUUCCUGUCUGACUUUUUACCAUCCGAAAACGUGUUCUGUUGUGUUAGCCAGAAAUACUGUUUUAUCUAACACAUAAUGGGGAUUACUCGAAUGCACGUAGUGAUUUUGCUGUCAAUUACAAUCGUGUGCCUUAUUGGUUCCCGGCUAUUCUUUGACAAAGGUGUAAGCGUAAACUUGUUAAGGGGCUAUGGAGACGAUAUGACAGUGGCAUUGUCAAAUAUGAUACAACAAAGAAAUAACCUUUCACGUGCACUUAAUCUGAAACAACAGAAAAUAGGGCAAAUGGAGUGUGAGGAGAUGAUGAAACGUAAAGAUAUACACAAGGUAUCUUCUACCGGCGGUUGGUGUGCUAAUACAAGCGUAGAAAACUCAGGUCAUCAUAAAACUGAUAGGAAACUAGUGCCAGUUCUUGCCGAAUUUUUCAAAGGUAUGUUAUUCUGUUUAUUUUUUUUCAUUUCUUUUUUAUUCAAAUCAAAUCUGGCAUAUAUUAUGAAAAUAACAUAGCAUCAAUACAUAAGGGUAGGGUAAAUAUUCUCCCAGCGUUAUUAAAUGUUAAAUAUAAGUACGUUUUAAUACAGUUCUGCAAAAUGUACUGCUGUUUAUACGUUUGAACUUUGU